AUGGACGGCGACCACACAGCGAAAACGUUCGACAAGGGCGCGAAUGCCGCCACCAAAGUACAAGAUCUAACAGAGGGUGUUCACGAAGGUGCUGCACAAGACUCAGCAGCAGGACAAAAAACAACCGGCCACGGGACAUCCAUAUUCUCGAAGGACGGCGCGAUCGGGAAACAAUUCACGGCCGACCAGGGCGGGAUUGGUGGCACGGCGCAGAAGAUCGGUGGGCCGUUGGAUAAAGACGGCGCGAUCGGAAAGCAUUUCAAGGAAGAUGGCGCGAUCGGUGGUGCGUUCCAGAGGCAGGCGGAGAGGAAUGAGGGGCAUUGA